AUGAGCAACACCACAAUUUUCGAGUCGGUCUCGCUGACGUUGCCCAACUCAACUGCAAUUUUUUCAAACUCAACCACAGCGCUAUUGGACUUAGACUCAAAGUCAUGGAUCUUACAAGAACUUUCCACUGCAUCGUUGAUUUUAGUUUUCUCGAUAACAUUGAUCAUCAUUGGAUCAUACUCCACCAUUUCGAAGCCUCAGGAUGCCGGAGACCCGAGAGAUGACAUGCAUUGUAACAGGGAUUUUGAUCCGACCGAUAUGGACGAUUCAAGGUAUUUUAUUACAAGCAAAUUUGACUUAGAACUGAUUGGAAUGCAAGAAUUAACGUGGCUUCACGUGUUGAUUUUCCCAGUAAUUGCUGGACUGGGUUUAGUUGGGAUGUAUUAUUGCUUAAAAAAUGGAAUUUCCAUCAAUUCUAUACUCAAAUGGUACUUUAUUUUGUUGACACCAGCAAAUAGCUACUUUGCAUUGAACACUUUGUUGAUUAUGCUUGUUAGAAAGAUUACCCAUUUACUAGGAAAAGAUUCAAGGGCGGUAUUUCAAAGAUACAGAGCUGUUAUUACAAAGGAUCAGGAGUUGUUUCCAUUGGGUGUGUUGCAGAAUAUUGACUUUGAUGAGUUUCUCAAUGAAAACAAAAGUGACAAAGAAAAAGAGAAACAGAAAGAAGAGGUAGUAGAUGAGGAUGAAGACGAAGAACAAAAGGAAGUGGACGCAAAGGUUAUAAGAGCUCUUAAAUUUAAGCAGUACUUAGAGAAUCAGAAACUAACCAUUUUUGGGGAAACUGGCGUGGAUACUGACGCAUUUGAAUUUGAUGGAAUUUUCGAUUUACGGCCUUUAGUCUUGUUACCUGUUUCCCUUUUAAUUGGGUACGGGUUUUACAAAAACUAUGCCAGCUGGAAAUGGAGUAACUUUGUUGCUUUUAACUUUGUCAUUUCAUCUUUUUCACAGUUUCAAUUGACAAAUUUCAAAUUGGCGUAUGGUUUGUUGUUGGGGUUGUUUUUCUAUGACAUAUACUUUGUUUUUGGCACUGAGGUGAUGGUGACCGUUGCUACAAAGAUGGAUGUACCUAUGAAGUUGUCGAUUCCCAAAAUGUACGAAACUGGACUUAGUAUACUAGGAUUAGGUGAUAUUGUCAUUCCUGGUUUGUUAUGCAAUUUAUGUUUGCAUUUUGAUGUGGCGAAUUACUACCGGAAAAACACAAACGAGCCAUUCCACCACUUGACCAAUUAUCCUAAGCCAUAUUUCAUUGCUAGUUUAACCUUUUAUUCCAUUGGAAUUCUAGCAACAUUGGUGGCACUCAAUGUUUACCAAACGGGUCAACCAGCAUUGUUGUAUAUUGUACCUAGUUUAUUGUUGGGAAUCAGUGGCUAUAGUUUCGCCAAAGGUGAGUUUAGUCAAUUGUGGAACUUUUCUGAUAGUUUAGAGCCAUUUAAAAAAGAAAGUGGGUCUGAUUCAGAUGAUGAGUAUGAUGAUGAGGAGUUUGUACCGGAUGAGAUAGAUGACGAGAUGGAUGAGUUUAUAGCCAAAGUUGAAAGAAAGAGGGCUGAGGAGGAAUUAAAUGAGACUGAUAUUGAUGACUUGUACAUUGAGGAUGAAGAUGAUACUUUUGUGAUUGAGAUUGAAGAAGAAGACGAUGAUGAGGGUGACGGUGAGGAAGACGAGGAAGACGAGGAAGACGAGGAUAGUGAUGGAGAUGAUGCGUUGGAAUUUAGAGAAGACUUGAUUCUUUUGAUGAAGGACUUGAAAGAUGAACCUAAAGAGUGGUAUAGCAGUGAUGAGGAGGAUUGA